AUGUUACUUAACCACAAUCCUUCGCCUGUCUCCUUGUGCUUAAAAUCGGGGGAUCUCGGAUUUUUCUUGCCCAAUCUAUUAUCCCACCAUUUAUUCCGAUUUUCCACCAAAUUCUUCCAAGAAUCUUCCCCUUUCGUGCCUUCAACUCGAUUUUCUGUCACAAACUUCACUUCAAACUCCUUUGUUUCGCCAACCUCUUCGCCACCUUCCACUUUCGAUUGGGGUAACCUCGACAAAGCCCAUUCCGGCAUGUUACUUAACCACAAUCCUUCGCCUGUCUCCUUGUGCUUAAAAUCUGGCGAUCUCGGAUAUUUCUUGCCCAAUCUAUUAUCCCACCAUUUAUACGGAAUCUUCCCCUUUUGCACCUUGAACUCGAUUUUCUGCUUCGCCAACCCCUUCACCACCUUGCGACAGCCUGGGUCUCAAGAACUUAACUCUCUGCGAAACCCAGAAGGGAGCACUGUCAAGCCAAAGCCCAUUUCCAGAAUCCUUGUGCUUAAAGUCGGGGUGUCUUUCUUUGACCAGACCAUUAGACUUGUGACCACGAUAAUCCCACCACUGUUUUGGGCUUUUCAAAAGAUCCCUCCACAAAUUCAACUGGAACCUUGUGGGACCCAUUCUCAGCGAAAUAUCAACACGAUCGUUCUCCUUAAGGCGACAGGCCAACUGAGCCAAUUCGCCUUCGUACACAACGGGAAUCAACCGAGUUUCACACCCGGGAAGCAUUUCACACCCGGCGUCAUAAUCCGGAGAAAUCAAAACCGUGGCAAAGCAUUUCCCAUCGGCGUCGGACUCGAGAUGGGCCGGGGUUUUCACGCGGCCGAUCAAAUUCACGGUGUUGCCAACACGAGGUCGGAACGGAAUCUCUCGGAACAGAAUAUCUAUUGUCGAAUCUUUCCGUUCGUUGAUCUUCAUUGGAGGAAGGCUCGAAUCGGAGGGCUUCUGGGCUCUGAGAUUCUCUGCGGAUUGUUGGGUUAUGGGGCUGAACAGAGCGGUUUUGGUACAGUAUAA